UAUGAGAGAUUUGAUGUGGCUGUUCAAAGUGAGGUUGCUGUCAAAUAAAACACCAAGGAUGGAAGUUAUUGGGGUCACUGCUGAGGUAUCGUCUGCAUGAAAAUGGAAACUGAUGUUGCAUGAUCACCUGAGAUGUCCCAAUGCAGCAUGCAAAAUGUGAACAGAAUAGGGCCAAGCACUGAACCCUGAGGAACCCAACGAUGCAGCCAUGAGGUGGAAAAGCUAGACUCAGCAAUACUAAUACACUGUCUACUAUGCCACCGAUGUCCACUCAUUGCUCUCAAUGGGAAAACCGGAAGAUAUCCCUUCUGUUAGACUUUCUGUAGUGCCCUCAAGCUCCAGUAUAAUUCCUCUCACUCUUUACUGUGAUGUGGAGAGUUUCUACCCAGAGGAAGUGUCUGUGUCCUGGCUUCAAAAUGGCACAGUCGUUCCUGAGCUCCCUGCCACUGAGCAGAACCCAGAUAGGACCUACAGAACCAGACGCUAUUAUACUUUGAGCCCCGAGCAGAGAGAGCAAGGUGGAAAGGUGGAGUGCACAGUAAACCAACCUGGGGUGGUGCACCCGGCUAGUGGCUCAGUGUUCCUAGAGAAACUGGAUCCCCAAGAUGAGCCUCUAGUUUUGACUAAAUCAGCCAAAGCAUCUGUUGCUAUGAUGUGUAUUUCUGUGGUGCUGGUCUUCCUCCUCUGCUUUGGCUUCUCUUGGAGAAGAAGGGAUGAGAAACUGAAGUCUCUGAGUGUUUCAGGCAUCAUCCUGCCUCCACGCGUGAUUGUAGGUCGAAAAGGCAGGGUGUCAGUGAGCAUUGAGGGCAGGAGGGUGGACCGAGUCCAGACUGCAUGGUUCCUCAAUGACACCCCUAUCUCUGACACUUCACUCACAGUGUCAGAGAAAGGUCCUCUGCUGCCCUCCAGAGGCGAGAAGGGUUACUACAAGCUGCACACUCAGGGGCCGCUGCAGUUAUCUGGAGGUGGCACUCAACAGCUGAUCUCCUCCCUCACAUUCAUCCCCCAGUUAUCUAUCCACAAGGGGGCAGUGUUUAAGUGUCAGGUGUCCUACAUGGGCAAAGAUAAGAUUGCGGCGGAGAGGGUGUCGGAGAAGUUUACAAUUCUGUCUGCUCCAGAAGUAUCAGAAAUCCAGCUGGCAGAGACACCAAAUGACUCUGAUGUCAUCAGCCUGACAGUACGGGCAACACAUUUCCAUCCGGAUGUCAUUACCUUCCGCUGGUUCUGCCAGGGGAGUGAGCUGAGCCCUGUGGCUUCCCAGGCCUCGUCCUCCCCUCAUCCCAAUUCUGAAGGCUUAUUUUCAGCCUUCAGCCAGUGUAAACUGCCCCGGAGUGAACUGGAAAAGGGAGGCACUAAAGUGUGGGUGAGUGUCCACCACAUUACCCUGAAGCAGCCGGUCACCCGUGAGACCAGAGGCUUCAUCAAGAAGCCGUGUGUAUCCGAAAUCGUCAGCUCCACUUCUUCUCCUGAUCAGACUUGGACCCUGGCAUGUGAAAUCACAGAUUUCCACCCUCCAAACAUAUCAGUCACCUGGCUGAAGCUCAGAGACGGAGAGCAAGAUGACAGAGAGGAUGAGGUGAUAGAGGGAGGAGAGAUGUGGGGCCCCAUACAGGCCCCAGAUUCCAGACUCUACAGGGCCACAGCCACUCUGAAGAGAAGGGCAACAAAUCAGGAGAAAAAGGAGAUAGGAGGAGGGGUUGUUUGUAGAGUGGAGCACUGUUCCCUACUCGAGCCUGUUGAGAAACACUGGAGAAAUGUUGACAUGGUUGCUCCCUCCAUUCCUCCAUCGAUGUCGGUCUGUUGGAGCAGUGAAGGAGUUGGUGUGUUCUCUCUCCUGUUGAAGGGAGGUCACCCCAAGGUCAAGUUACUCUGGGCAGCGGGAGGAUCCACUCUUUCACCACUGGUGUCCAAUGAGACAGAGGAGAUAGGAGACGACGGACAGAGGGAGCUGAAAAGUGUGUGCGCCCUGGAGAGGUCCGCAAGUCUGCCAAGUCAGAAUAACAAACAGCUGGGGAGACAGAAGAAUGGACACGCAAUAAAAACAAAAGCUGCUGUCAUAGACCCGGAUGCCGAAGGAAUAGACUACAUCGAUGAAAAAGUGGACGGAGAAAAUAACAUUCACAGGGAUGAGGAAACAAAGUCGGAAGUGGAUGAUGACAGUGACAAAGAACGUGAGGAAGACCCGGGCGCGCUGCACAUCAACAGAGUCAACUUGAGGAGGAGUGCGAGAGAAAACGAGAGAGCGCGUUUAAGAGUCUGUGUGGAGAUCACACACCCUGCACUCAAGCUUCCUGUUUAUCGAACCUGGACAGAGCCCUAUGAGGAAAUUAUAUCUUCUGCAUGAAAACCCUGAUGUGUGCAAGAGUCCCUCUGUUAUCUCACAUACAUCUAAUAUAGUAACUAUAAAGUAGUAUUCAUGUUUUUAGGGUAUGGAACAGUCUUUGAUGUGAUCAACAAGUGAGGUUUUGCUUUCAACAUAUUUGGUGUAUUUAUUACUUUAUGUUCUUAAUCUUUCAUCCAUUACUUGUUUUCUAACUCCAUCAUUUUUACAAAUGUUCAUAUUUUUGUACAAAGAAUAAAAUGGAAAAUAAUA